AUGAAGGAUGAACAUAAUAUUAAAUUCACUGCUCAAGAUUUAUAUGACAAGAAAGCAGACAAAACAGAGCUUCAAACAUUAAAGACAGAAAUGCUUCAAACAUUAUAUCCUAUAGGCUCUAUUUAUACGUCAAUGAACUCUACCAGACCAGAAACAGUUCUGGGUUUUGGAACUUGGACUCAAAUAGUCGACAGGUUUUUGUAUUGUGCAAACUCUUCAAAGGAAACAGGUGGAAGUAAAACGAUUUCAGGUGAAAAUUUACCUGCACAUAGUCACUACAUAGAUUUAAGUACAUCUCAAGCAGGUUGGCAUAAGCAUAAAUUUUGGGAUUGGUCGGCAAUGACAAAAGGUAAAGGAUAUGAUGUUAAAGACAACGUUCAGUUUGCUAUAAAUUGUUUUGGGGUAACACUCAGGGAGAUGGAAACCAUACACAUCGCGUUUCAGGAUAUACGCAAACAACGGGACAAAGUAAAGACUACAUGCCACCUUACAUGA